GCAGACCAGCCACGCACGACAACACUAGAAGGACGCUGCUGUCUGUAUGGCAAUAAUGGAUACAAGCUAACAGCCUAGUGGUAAUGCGCUGUUUAUUGCCAGAGAAAAGUAGGCAGAUUGACAGAUAUAUCACACAAGUAUAGCUCCAUAUACAGGGAUCAACAUUUAAAUCCUGUUUUGCGGCUCUCGAGUCUACCGGUUUGUAGACAGCUAUGGGUGGGCUGGGAAACGGGCGUCGUGGAGGAAGAUCACCCCCUCUUAUGAUUGGUGCUCUAAUCGCCUGUAUCCUGGUUCUGGGUUUCAACUACUGGGUGUCCAGCUCGCGCAACCUGGAGCUACAGACUAAGCUGUAUGAAUUGGAAGGCCAGGUGCGACGUGGGGCAGCAGAGAGAGGAGCAGCAGAGAUUAAAAAAACUGAGUUCCAGGAGGAGAUCCAGAGACAGAAGGAACAGAUCACCCACAUAGAAAGUCUCUACAAGAGACAGCUGGAAGGAUCUCAGAACACCUGCAGCCAAGAGAAGGGUGUGCUGCAGCAGAACAUUUCCUCCAGUACCAAAACCAUACAGGAACUUAAAGGUCAGUUAAAUCAGCUGAAUGAUGACCUGGGGAAGCUUCAGAAGGAGCUGCAGGGUUGUGAAGGCAACAUUAAAACCCUCAACAACAAACUGACUUAUGACAUGACCCAUUGUCACUCCCAAGUCUUGUCCCAGAAGGAGUUGUGUGAUGAGCGAGUGGCUGCUGCUAAACUAGAAGUUCAGAAAAAAAUGGAGAAGCUCAUCCCUCCUUCAGGUGUCACCUCACAGCAGGAAAAUGCAGUGGCUGGAGCUGCAAAGGAGGACAAAUCAGUCCCGACUGCGGUUGAGGCAAUUAAGACGGCGACUGUUGUUAGCCACACACCAAGCCUCUCUCAGCCCAAAGAAGAUGAUCCACCUGGGCUACUGACCAAUGAGAUCAUCGUGGACAAAGGUCUUGAUCCGCCGGUGGACCUGCCUCCAGUGAAGGAUAUCUCUAAAGUCGAGUCCCACUCUGUCCCCUCAGCUGCUGCGGCCAAGCAGGACAUUUUGCUACCACCAGAAGGAGCUGCUGACACAAAGCAGGGUGAUGCAGAGACCAGUGAGCCUCUGAAGAACAACCUGACUGAGGAUAAAGACAUGGAGGUGAUGGAUGCUCAUGAAGACGGUGCUCAGACAGAAGAGGCAGACCCCGGGAUGGAGGGCAUGCUGAUCGGCCCAGAGAAGACCGAUGAGACUGUUCUUGGUCAGAAAGUUGACGAGCCAGGAGAAUAUGACGGAGACGAGCAAGUUGUCGGUGAAGCCGAUUUGGAGAAACGGCAGCAGGGUAAACUGGCUGAAAAUAUAGAUAAGGACAUGGAGGAGGAGCUGGCUGACUAUAAUGGAGACGAUGAGAAUGAAGGCGAGUUUGAAGCGGACAAACAAGCUGAACUUGCUCAGAACUAAGGGCUGGAGCUGGAGAAGGAGCCUGCACACAAGGAAGCAGGACCCCUUAAACACCUCAGCACAACAGCACCAUACAGGUUAAUCCAGCGCUCCAACACAAAGCAAACCCAGAUGAAAAUCUCUCCAAGAAAGAGUGGCAUUAGGUCGGGGGAUUGAUUUCAAAAGAAUUUGCUUCUUCGAAUGUCUUUUGUCAUUUUCUGUAAAUCUGAUUUGAUUACACAUUGUCAGAUAUUUUAACAGUCAAGUUUUCUGUAUUGGAGUAAGAAUUUUCCACUUCAUGUUCAACUCACAAUAUUCCAAAAGAGCCACAAAGACUGAAAUAUGCAGAUGUCAGUCAAGCGUGGACACUCAUGGUUUAACUGCGCUCACAUUAAUUUCAGUAUGUUUUGGUGGUAAGGGCUCACUCAGUAGUUUGUAGUGUUGAACAUCUCAACUUCCCUGGAAAUCAGUAGAUUUUUAUCAUGUGAUUAGAUGUGUUGUUUAUCUUCACUGCAACUGAAAUAAUGAUAAUGUGCAGACCCUUAUAGGGUUACGAGGUGCAAAAUACUGUAGAAAGUGUAAAAGAUGGAAGUGAUUUUAAUGACAGAACUCUGCAGCACAGGUUAAACAGCAUCUUAAGCCUGAUUUUGGUUCCCGAACAUUUUGCUCUACCAAAUAUCUGUCAGUGAACACAAAUAAGGGGUUCCAUAACUGGAGCAAAUGAAGGAAACGUGCUAAGAUUCAGUUGCGUCAUUUUGUUGCCUGUUGCGUUUGGUCCCAUUUAUCCAAAAAGGCUGUAAAAAGUGACGUCGGCUUAAUAGACAUGCUACAUAACAAACAGGGAAAUUCAUCUUCUGGAUAUAUUCUGACAAGCUGUCAGGUUUAAAACAUAUUAUAUUCUAAUUGCUGUAACUGGACAUUUUUUAUUAAUGUGCAUCAUUUCUGAAGCUUCACUUUGUUGAAUUGCUUUGGCAUUUUUUUGUGGCAGCAGGGCUUUUCUUCUCAGCUGUAUUUCAAGACCAGAAAGUGUCACAAUGUUGAAUGUGGGCUGUGCUCAACAUUUGGGAUCAGUAAAAAAAUCUAAAAACUUUUAGUUUAUAAUGAAGGGAAUAGUUUGAAAUACCUGGAAGAUAUUUGUAGGUCAACUUUGUUAUUUUAUUGUUACGCAUGCCUUACCGAUUCUGUGUACACUAGUUUUUUCCCUACGCUCAGUCGAUUCUGACAGUGGGGGUCUGAUGAAAAGUCGUUGAGCCUUUACUUUGUCGGUGCUGUCUGCUGAAUUGAAUGGACAUUAUAUGUGGUUGAGAGGACAUUUCCUUGAAGUAGGAACAUUGUGUUGUGCUUUAGAGCUCCUGCAGAUGUGAACUACUCAGUAGCUGACUGUGCUAAAUUGUAUUAUUCCAUUCAACUUAAAUCUGCACUAGACUGGAAAUUGUGUGGGUGAGUGGAAACAGGAACUAAUAUUAGGCAUCAGAAAUAACAAGACGUAGGGACAUUUCAUGGUGGGAUCUGUUGUUGCCUUGUGUUUUAUACAGGACAGAUGAUUUUACUUUACUUUCCUGGUACUUUAUUUGUAAGUGUUGACUUUGACUAAAUGCACAGUUAGUUGGUAUGUUAUCGUUUUAAUGUCCAUUAUUUCCAUAUUGCUUUGUCUUAUCUUGAACAGUCCAUUUACCAUUUAGUAUUUCCAAAGUCUUCAACCCCACUGUUUCUUGCUAUGGUUGAAGCUGCUCAGCUGCCUAUGUGUCCAUCAUUACAAGUGGGCUGCCAGGCAUUAUUCAUUCUACAGAAGUCAGCACACUGAGGUUUACCAACAUAUUCUGCCUAUAUUCCAGCAAAAUGUCAGUGUUUGAUGUAAAGAAGCAGCCAAAAAAACAUGUUAUCAAUAAUGACAUAGGUCAGCUUCAAUGAAGAUGCAUACUGAAUUUAUAUGGAACAUUGUUGACUGCUUGAAUCACAUGAAUGAAAAUAUUAUAUCAUGCAAAAUAGGUGUUAUCAAAACCUUGUAAUGUUUUUUUUUUUUUUGAACCAUUCAAAAAUAAAAUCAUACUUUUUACUUUAACUGCCCAAGACAAACAGAUAUGAUGCUACAGAACAGUAUCUUAUGUGUUUCCUGUAGAAUCAGUGUGUUAUUUAACACUGGAAACUUUGAGUACUUGACUGGGAUUUAAAACCACAAGUGUUUGUAAUAAAGGACCCUAUGAAGACUCAACAAUUCAGUGCAAAUACUUUUUCCAGGCAACUUUUUCUGUGAUGGAGCACAAAUUGAAAAUAAAAAAUAAAUAAAAAGUUUAUCAUUUCAAGGUUUUUCCAGUGAGAUUUCAAAUUACUGUCUCAAUUUUCAAAGAUAAUAUCACAUCUUAAGUAUUUUCAGUUUUAUGAACUUAUUUUUAUUUGUAAUAUAUUAAAUCUGGUCCUGGCCAUUAUGUCUCAAAGUAACCAUAUAAAUACAGAGUAGGAGUGCUGAUUAUAUUUGUCUCCCCUUUGGUCGCAGAAGAAAUAUGGUACCAGAUUUGUAUGGUGUCAUUUUAUUAAUUUCCUGUCGUUGUUCAUGUCAAUUUUGUUGUUGACAUUUUAGAUAUCAAUUACUGCUUUGUUUUGUCAGAAAGCUUUGUCUGCCUGUUUCUGUAAAAAGUCCCAUUUUCUGAACUAAUAGUCUGUGUAUCUGAAGAGAAAAUGUUUUUUUGAUUUUUAUAAAUUGGAUUUCCUUUUUUUUGUUGAUUUCCUAUAUUUUAAUUUUAUUCUGAAAAGUUGAACAAAUUUGUGAAAGUUUUAAAUGAUCAUAGGCUUUAUUGAUGAUAGAGAAUAAAAAUGUUUUUAUUACCACUAUCAAAA